CCUCCCUCUCCCUUCCUGGAGAUUUGUCUCUCACACCUACUGGAAUUGGCGUUUGUGCCACCAUCACCUUCGAACGGUCGCUCGCUACUCAAUAAAUCGCAUUCAAGAUGGAAUCCCCGGGGUAUCCUGAGUCCCCUUUGGAUCAGGACGACAUUCCCUUCCCCUGUAAGGGCUGUGGAGAGAUUCUUGAAGAGGGCAAAGCCUUCGAGCUUGCGGGCAACCGAUGGCAUAUCGAAUGUUUCUGCUGCAGCACCUGUGGCACGCUACUCGACUCGGACGCGCACCUUCUUCUGCUUGGCGAUGGCUCGUUGAUCUGCAGCAACUGUACCUACAGCUGUAGUUCGUGUGGGAACAAGAUCGAGGACCUCGCAAUCCUCACUGGUGAACAAGCUUUCUGCGCCCAAUGCUUCCGCUGCCGCAACUGCAAGCGGAAGAUCGAGAACCUGCGUUAUGCCCGCACCUCGCAGGGUAUAUUCUGUAUGGACUGUCAUGAGUCGUUGAUGCAGCGGCGGAGAAAACGAAAGGCGGCCCCCACGCGAAAACAAGGACCUCCGGGGGUGAAAUUAGAUAAGUCCCUUCCGUCACUGCCCCCGGAAGAAAUGGAACCAGUCUCGCGCGCCUCGGACGACCAAGAGGCUUAUUCCAUGCCCAGCGGGGAUACCCCUGCGCGAGCUGCUCCUGCGCCGGACGCGGGAAGAGGUCCCAGCGCAACACCUCGUCCCGCGGCAGAAAACCAAGACAAUCUAAUACUCCCGUCAAGCACCUAUCGCAGCAAUCGCCAUUCAAUCGUGCCUCCGCAUGGCGAAGCCGAUGGCGGUGAAUUCCUGAUUCCUCUCGCUUUUGACCCCUCCGAAGAACAAAGAUCUCGCGCGCAACCGAACCCUACGUCAGGAGGCUCGUCUCCCCAUAUCGCAUACCAGGAGAAAGGCCGGGAGCGGACUGAUGAUGCUCCUCGUUGGCGUCAGGACGACUUGGCCAACGGCACGUCUCGUGGUGACAGAACGCCUGUCACGCGGUCUGGCUCGGUGCGUAGUUCUCGUUCCGACCUAGGAGGUCGCAAGGAAGCCAGUACAUUUUCUUCGCCCAGCCCCGAGAGCACCAAGUCUACGACCACCGUACCAAGAGAUGGCUCAAUAGCAACAGCUCCAGAGAGCAUGACCACACUUCCAACCAGACCAUCUCAUGAGCUACGCCGACUUCACGAAACUAGCGGCUCAAUCGACUCCGCACAUUCCUUCUUGUCCUCUUCGAGCGUGCAGCCUCAUCCCAAGCGUGGCGACUCCCUCGACCGACGAUUGAACCAGGGCCCAAGGAAGGACGCACCUUUGUCACCUCGUGCUUCUUCAUUGAGUCCGAGUGAGCAGUGGAGUGAGCGGUCAGCAGAUCGGGCUGGAUUCAGCAAGAGUACUCCUCGUACGGGCGACUCAACCUGGACACCACGUAGCGAUCUUCAUGAGCGCCCCAAGCCCCCCGCACGCCCUAACUCAGUCAGCGCCCUACAGCAAGUGGAAUCCUACCGCCAGGGUGAUGGAGCGGAUCUCUCAGCGGAUGGAGAGACCUCUCAAGCCAUAGGCGCCAGCGAUGGCUCCGCGGCACAGAACGGCGAGUCUUUCUUGCGGCGCGUUUCCAACUCGGUGCGUCAUGGUCGAAGCUACAGCGACAAAGGCUCUCGCCUGUCCCGUGAUGCCAAAUGGCCCCGCUCGCCUGUGAAUGGAUCUACGCCACUUGCGGACUUUGGGAGCCCCUCUGCGGAGGUAACCGGAUCCGAUGAAGUGACUUGGCUUCGCAACGAACUUCGUAAGGAGCGUCAACGAGUAUUCGACCGCGAGCAGAAGCUCGCGGAGAUGGAGGCUAUGCUGAACGCUAGCGCCGAGGUCAAGCAGGUCAACACUGAGCUAAAUGAGAAGCGCUCCACCAUGGUGGUCUUGGACGCUCAGAAAGAGAUUGCAAUGCGCGAGUUAUCCGUGUUGACAGAACAUCUGGAGGCUGAGAAGCGUGGUGGCGGCGGUUCUCUCGACCUUGGCAAAUUGACUAACCACGUUCUGCGAGAAUUUGUGGAGUCGAUUCAGAAGCUGAAGGACUCGUUCACUCCACAGAUUGAGGAACUGAUUCAGAAGCGCAACGAUGCCGCCGAAGAAUUGACCAACUUGAACCGUAUGAAGGAUAAGAGCUUCCAGGAAUUCGAACAAUUGUCGUCGAAGAAUGCGCAGCUUGCAGAACUCAACAACCAAUUGGUACACCAGAUCCAAGAGCUCUAUAAGGCCAAUGACGGCAGCCGUGGGGCGAAUGGCCUGGGCAUCUACUCCCAUGGCAAGGAAAAGUCGCUGUCGUCUAUUGAAGCCCUGAAGGCGGCCCACAGCGACCUCGUUCCAGUCACGGCUAUCAACAUGUCGGAAGAGGCCGAGAACGCCACGAUUGUGCCCGGCCCGCAAGUCGUCAGUAUCCGAAAAGGACAGCCGCGUAAGUUUAACUGGAAGAAGGGUGGUCAGAACGUCGCCAAGGGCGUUACCAAGGGACUCAAGGGUGCCUUCAUGUCAAGUGAAAAUGCCACUGCCACGGAAGGAAGCCCUGGCUUGCCGCGUUCUCAAACUCAAGACCCUAGCCGUCCGGGUUUUGGUUUCUUUGGCAAUCAACGCAGCAAGCAGGUGGGAACUCGGAUGCCGACCACCGACAGCGUUCCCGUUCUAGCUGAAACCAACCCUAAUGCACUCUUUGGUACCGAGUUGGAGCAGCGCAUGGAGCAAGAGAAGAGUAUCAUUCCUGGCAUUGUCUCUCGCUGUAUCCAGGAAGUCGAGCUACGAGGCAUGGACAUGGAAGGUAUUUAUCGGAAGUCCGGUGCUAGCUCGGCAAUCCAGACGAUUCGCGAGGGCUUUGAGCGAUCCCCGCACGAUUACGAUAUUUCUGAUCCGGAUCUUGAUAUUCACGCAGUGACUUCGGCGUUAAAGCAGUAUUUCCGGAAGCUGCCUACGCCACUUAUCACGUUCGAGGUUUACGAGAACAUUAUUGAGACGGGUGAAAUUACGUCUCAGGCGGGUCGCAUCGAGUCUCUGCAAAAGAGCCUGCGUGAACUGCCACGUGUGCAUCAAGAUGUGCUCGAGUUCCUGAUCUUCCACUUGAAGCGCGUGGUCGAGCGCGAGAAAGAGAAUCUGAUGACCAGCCAGAACAUCGCUGUAGUGUUUGCCCCGACCAUCAUGCGGCCGGAGAGUCUAGCACGGGAAAUGACGGAUGUGCAGAAGAAGAAUGAGGUGAUGAAGUUUUUGGUGGACAACUGUCAGGAGAUCUUCAUGGGCAUGCAGAACUGAUGACUGGCCUUCAGUCACCAUGCAUACUACUCAGGCCUGGUUUUCGCCUGUGGUCCGGCACCAGCGCCGGCACGGCUUGACUGGCGCGGUAGGGGGAAGAACCUCCGACCCUCUCUCCUCGACGCUUUGGUUCAUUUGUUUAGUUUAGAAUACCCUUCCAUUUUCUGUCAAUUGCGACGACAAGACCUC